AUUAAAAGCAGUCCGUUGAACAACGUAAUCAGGUUCAGUAUUAUUUAGUGUUACAGUAAAAUAAAAUAUUUUUUCGUGUAGUGAGUUACAUCUUCGUAAUGCGAUGAAAUAAAUAUCGUUGUUUGUCAAUAAUUAUUAAAAUAUUGCCCAAACAGCAUCAAGUUAUUUGGAAAUAAAUUAGAAGAUUCAAUCACAAUCUACCAUAUUAGAAAGUUCUACAAGGAAUCUUUAUACACGAUUAACAUCCUUGAUCAAUAAAAAAAGAAGAAGAAAGCAAUGCGGAAAUUAGAAAGUUCGAUACCGGGUUUCGAAAAUUUUCCUGGAAGGGAUACUAAAUUUCAAACAGCAUACUCUUUUCUCGAAGCAAGAAGACAAAUAGACGGUGCGGAAGGUUUAUGGAGGAUUCAAAAUAAUUUAUAUGAUUUAGAAGGUUUUGCAAAAUUUCACCCAGGAGGAGCAGAAUGGAUUCGCCUAACCAAGGGUACUGAUAUUACCGAACUUUUCGAGUCGCAUCAUCUAACUGAUAAAGCUGCGAAACUGCUUCCAAAAUACUUGGUGAGAGAGGCAGUUUCACCACGAAAGCUGCCAUUAACGUUUGAACCGAAUGGUUUCUUUUCUACUUUCAAAAAGCGUGCAUUAGAAGCCCUAAAAGACGUGGAUUUUCAUCGGCCGUCGUCAAAAACAAAUUUAAUCGCUGAUUUUUUUGUCACUACUACCGUUUUACUUAGCCUCGCAGUAGCUUAUACGCAAUCUUAUUUAAUCAUCGUGCUUGCUGGAAUUUUUCUCGGGUGGACCACGGUUAUUGGUCAUAAUUAUUUUCAUAUGAGGAAUAGUUUUCGAAUGUAUUACUUUGAUUUAAGCACAUUAUCGUCGAAGGAUUGGCGAAUAACACAUGCAAUGAGUCACCACAUCUACCCUAAUACCCUUUGGGACUAUGAAAUAUACUCACUUGAGCCUUACCUGUCUUGGUUACCAGAUCCUAAAAAAUCAUUGUUGAAAGGUAUCAUUAGUCAACUGAUGAGUCCUAUCAUUUGGGCUUUAGCUUUUUACGCACAAGCAAUCAAAAGAUAUUACUCUGUGUUCUUCGAAUAUAGAAAAUUCGAAUUUCGAGAUGCCGUACCUUUCUUUUUGCCCAUAUCGAUGUCCUUUCUGGCGCCAAGUAUUUUUGUGGGUGUGAAACUUUGGUUAUUAAUUAUAUUAACAGGCAGUUUUUUAUUUUCUAUGACCGGUUUCAAUGCAGCUCAUCACCAUCCCGAUAUCUUUCAUGAUGGCGACAUAUACAGAAACGAUUUCGACUGGGGUUUGCUAGAAUUGGAUGCUGUAAGAGAGCGAACAGUGAUCGAUGACUCUGACCUUCUGGUGUUGACUAACUUCGGAUUACACGGUCUUCAUCAUCUUUUGCCAACAGUGGAUCACUGUUACUUGUCACUUUGUGAAAAAGCUUUUCAAGAAACUUGCAAGGAAUUUGGCGUUAGUACUAAGAAGUUUACCCAAUGGGAGCUUGUAAAGGGACAAUUUAAACAAAUCCUACGUAAAGAACGGAAAAAAAAUAUUAGAUAGAAUAACGGAUAGGCUAUGAUUAAAGCGACGAUUAAAAAUAAUUGGUGUCUUGUGAGGGUCAGCGUCUACUUAACUUAAGAAAUAAGCACUAAUCACGUAUAUUAUUAGCGAUCAGUGAAUUCGUAUAACAAAUACGUGAUUUUGAAAAUACAUUUUUGAUAGAACACAAGCAAUGCAUAAAGAAGUUGAGUUUGAUUCGAGUCGUCUUGCGCUAUGUUGCUUUCGUAAUUUUAAAUAAUUUCUAUAUACAUAUAUCUUACUACAGCUUAAUUUUAACGUUGAAACUGUUUCGUAACUCCUACCUUUUCAUCCUUUCAAAUAUAACAUGACGAAGUUUUCUACAUUUUAAAUCUUAUAUAUACGGUCAGUCGCAAAGGUCUACAAACACCUAUCGAAUUUUGCACAUCCGGCUAACCAAAGAAAUUGAAAAUGCACUUUGUCACGAUAUCAUUUAUACCUACAUAGCGAUACAAUUGUCAUUAAUGUUUUCCUAAAAGGAAUUAAAAGCUCAAAACAUCUGACUAACAAAAAUCUUGGGAUAGAGAAUGACAGAACAUGAUCUCGCGUCAGAAAUGACAGAGCCUUACAUUUUCUCGUCGUCAAGGAAUUAUUGAUGUUCACGUAGGUACCCCAGAAAAUAUUAUUAUAAUUAUUAAGCACGUUGUUUUUAUGAUUUCAUAUAGGUAUAACAGGUGCAUGCAAUUUUUGUAACACAUUGUAUUUUAUACACUUUUACUUCUUUCCUCCUACUAAAGGUGAAAGUGAAUAAGUUAUGUUACAUUCUAGCAACGUGUGUCUUAAUGUGCCAAAAGGAUUCGUAAUAAUUCGAGUAAUAUAAAGGAAAUGAAAGAAAAAUUACAGAUAGGUAUAUAUGUAUCUGAAGGCGAAUGAAAAUCAACGGUAUAAAAUGAAAGAAAGUUGUUAGUAUUUGCUGCAACGCAGACGAUAUGGCAAGAAACGAAUUAUAAGGUGAUGAUUAAAAGAUUGUAAAAAUUCUAAAAAUUAUAAACGAUUAGAAGGGUAGAGUAUAUGAAAUGACAAAUAUUGCAAUUGGUUCUUAAUUUUAUUUAUUGCUUAUUUAUUUUAAUAAAUACAUACUUCGGCUCUCUUUAUAAAUUACAAUUAACUUUAUAGGAUAGGAUUAUCAUUUCGAUGACGUAUAUAAUAAUGCGCGCUGACGUUCAAAUCCGUGACUAGCGUUAUAUUUUUAUUUAUUGUUUAUUUUUUUAUACCAUGUAAUCUUGUUCUUCUUUUAUCGUUCCGUUUCUGUAAUGUGUAUAUCGUAUCUAUUUAUCGAUUCGUCCGCUUGAUACGCGCGUAUGCCAGUAUUGCACAUACUUUUCUUUUCUGCCACGUGUUCAUAAUACAACGUUUAAAAUUUCGAGCUGGCUCUCGUUUUUCAUUUCAACCGCUCGCUCGCACCUUUCCUUUCUCUCGUCUUCUCUCUUACUCUUCCACUUUCACUCUUUCACUCUCUCUUUCCUCGACCGUCAGCGCGAGUGGUGAAGGUUAAUCUCUCCUCCACGUCUAUUGUAUUGCCGAUUUCUUUUGCCAAUUAACAAUCAAAUAUACUAGAAUUAGAACUAGAA